UCUUGACUGAGGGGGGACGAGGAAGAAGCGAAAAGCGCUCCUAAACGCAUUCACUUCCGGGUCAUACGCCUCAUUCCGCGCCAAGGGAGGAGCCACGGCCACCGCCGUUUUGAGGCGCCGCGGGUGGUAGGUUGGCUGCCGUGGCGGGGAAUGGAGCGGGAUUUGCUUCGCCAGGCGCUCGGCUUUCACGGGCCGACGUUGCUCUCCCUCCUCCGGACAGAACAGCACGACCACCCGGACUUCCGAGGCCUCCUGCCGCCCGGGGGGACCGGGCUGGAGACGCUGCCGCCGUCCAGGAAAGAGAGAGGGAUUGAUAAUAUUGAUAUACAACACUUCAUUGCCAAAAAAGCUGAUCUGCUUUUUUCUCAUUCUUGGAAAGCAAGUGUGCCAAUAACUACAGAAGGAAGUGAAGAGAAUGAAGAUUAUUGUGCUAUCAUACCACCCCUGGAGCAGUUCAUGGAUGUUCCCAGUGCCGAGAGGAGAGAGCUGUUUUUCCGAGAUGUUGAACGUGGAGACAUAGUGAUUGGAAGGAUUAGUUCUAUUCGUGAAUUUGGCUUUUUCAUGGUGCUCUUCUGCCUGCGAAGUGGUGUAUUGCGAGACAUAGCAGAUUUAGAAAUCUCUGCUCUCUGUCCAUUGAGAGAUGUGCCUUCCCAAAGCAGCCAUGGAGACCCUUUAUCAUACUAUCAAACUGGUGAUCUUAUCCAAGCUGCAAUCAAGGAUAUUGAUCGCUACCAUGAAAAACUCACCGUAUCGCUGCACAGCUCUGCUCUUUCUCCUAGCCUUGCAAGUACCAAAUUGGGAGUAAUCUGCUCAGAAGACUUACCUCUGCACUAUAGGAGGAGUGUUGAAAUAGCCAGUGGGCUGGAAACAUAUGAAGAGGUUUUGCAUCAUUCCUUGGGCUUUGCCAAUCCUGCGGUUGUCGAGUUUCUGGUAGGCAAGCUAGGACUGAAUGAGUCCAGCCCACCAUCCUUAAUGAGAGGACUUCAAAGCAAAAAUUUCAAUGAAGAGGAUUUUGCUGUUUCAUUGCGGAAAAGACAAUCUGCCUCAUGGGCCUUAAAAUGUGUGAAGAUUGGUGUUGAUUAUUUCAAAGAGGGACGCCAUGUGGAUGCCAUGAAUGAAUACAACAAGGCUUUGGAAAUAGACACACAGAACGUUGAAGCCUUAGUAGCCCGUGGGGCACUUUACGCAACAAAAGGAAGCUUAAAUAAAGCAAUUGAUGAUUUCGAAGUUGCUUUAGAAAACUGUCCAACACAUAGAAACGCUAGAAAAUAUCUUUGCCAAACGCUUGUUGAACGAGGAGGCCAGUUGGAAGAGGAAGAUAAGUUGUUGAAUGCUGAAAGUUACUACAAGAAGGCUUUAAGCAUUGAUGAGACAUUUCAAGAAGCUGAGGAUGCUUUGUUGAAACUUCGUAAGCAUAUACAGAAAUCUCUUGAAAUGAGAGAGAAACAAGCGGCGAAAGAAGAAAAACAAAAAGAGAAGAAAAUAGAAACAAGUGCAGAAAAACUUCGUAAGCUCUUAAAAGAAGAAAAAAGGUUGAAGAAGAAAAGGAAAAGGUCAACGUCCUCUUCUUCCUCCUCUUCCUGUGAUUCUUCAUCAAGUGAGUCUGCUUCCUCUUCCUCCUCCUCCUCCUCCAAUAACAAAAAGCGCAAGAAAAGGAAUCGGAACAGGUCCGAAUCCUCGCACAACUCUAAAAAACAUGCAUCUCGGAGUUCCUCUCAUCAUAAUAGGAAAGAUGAUUGCUACUCUCCUCCAGCCAAUACCUCUGCUUCCUUCCUUAACCAAAAGCAUGAAAUGGAGAAACUGCUGGAAAGGCAUAACAGGUUAGGUUAUCAAAAGCCUGAGGUAAGAAGCAGAGAGAGAGAAAAGGAACAUUUUCUGUCACAGACUUCUGCUGAUGAAGAUCCCUAUGGAGGUAGGUCUGAGGAUUCGAGAGAUUCCUAUACCAGCUCCAAGAUUCAUACAAAUUGUUACAAAACAGAAAAACAGGGUAAGUCAGAGAGAGUUUCCUCCAAUAGAAGAGAGAGUACAGGUGCCUAUCAUAAGAAGGCCAACGACAGGAACAAGACGCACAAUUCUGGAAAAUCAGAAAAAGAAUUUGGAAGGAAAGAGCAUUACCGAAAGCACAGUCCAAACCAAACAAAGGAUUCUACAUCCCCCACAGGGUCUGAUUACUCAACCAAAUCAAUUGAACACUACAAACGAUACACUAGCCGAUGGAUAAAUGAGCCGAGUAAGUACAAUGCGGAAAGCAGGCCAGAGUUGGUUUGCCUUAAAAAUGAAAAGGAACCCAUGAGCAGGGAAAGAGAGACCACGAAAGGCGAGGAACUAGAUGAGGAAACGGCACUCAAUGGCAAAGGACAGUCAAGCAGUGCUGGCAAAAAACUGCCUCAGAACUUGCUGAAUAUAUUUAACCAGAUUGCUGAAUUUGAGAGGGAAAAAGGAAAUAAGCAGAAGAACCAGUGAAAUAUAAAGAAGGUGCUAGGUAUGAAUUUAGUUCAUCUUCUAAUCACUAAAUAAGUAUGUGUUCUUUAAAAAAAGUUCUUACCUCUAAGUAGGCCUGUUUGAUUUUGAUUUAAGGAAUGAUGGAUAUGCAAGAGUUAUAUCCUAUCUUUCUUUGAAACUGGGUUUCUUGUUCUGUUUAUGAUAUUAAGAUGUGACAGUGUGAUUGGCUAAAGAACUUAUUAAGACAGCCACUUGUGCUAACUGGCAUCUAAAUUGCACUUUACAGAAGAAAUCUCCAAGGCACCAAUGACUGUUACUUUUUAUUGUUAAUAUAACCAUGUAUUGUUAACAUAAUAAUAAAUUCAGUUGCUUUUAAUGAA